UUUUCUACGGGCCUCACUCUCUCAUCUCGUCUCCUCACUUUUCUGUGGCUCUCUGCGUCUCUCAGACAAACAAAUGACGAAGAAGAAGAACCCCUUUGUUUUUAUGGAUGUGUCUGUCGAUGGCGAUCCUUAUGAAAGAAUGGUUUUUGAGCUUUUCUCUGAUGUUGCUCCCAAGACUGCAGAAAAUUUUCGUGCUCUAUGUACAGGAGAGCAGGGAAUCGGUCCAAAAAGUGGAAAACCACUGCACUACAAAGGGUCCUUUUUCCAUCGUAUUGUAAAAGGUUAUAUCGCACAGGGUGGCGAUUUUGUGAAAAGAGAUGGCACAGCUGGUGAAAGCAUUUAUGGUGAGGAGUUUCCAGAUGAGUCACCUGUGCUCAAACACUCUGGACCUGGCCUUCUAUCUAUGCCUGUUGCUGUUCGUGACUCUUUAGGUUCUCAUUUCAACAUCACUUUUGCAGCUAAUCGUAGUCUUGACAGAAAGAAUAUAGUUUUCGGGAAGCUUGCACAAGGGCAUGAGGUCCUGAAAAAGAUUGAAAAUGCGGGUGAUGAAGAUGGGAAUCCAACUGUAUUAGUUAAAGUGAUCAAUUGUGGCGAAUAUAACGAAGACAUAAAGAGAGCAAGUAAAGUGAAAGUUGGGAAGGAUGCUUCGUCAGAAGCUAAUAGUCAUGAACUGAGGCGAAGGGUUAAACACAAAAAAUCUUCCAAAGAUAGAAGGAAAAGGGGGAGAAGGAGAUAUGAUUCAUCUGAAUCAGACAGUUCCUCAGAUUCUGAAUCUGAGUCAUCUGAGUCAGAUAGUGAGUCUGACUCAGAUGUGUCCUCAUCAUCUUAUGCUAGUUCUUCAAGUGAUGACAGGCGUAAGAAAAGAAAGAGAUCUUCUAAAAGGGACAAGCAUAGACACGGAAAGAGGCGGGAUAAAAGGCGUGACAAAAAGCGAAGGCGGCAUGAUAAGAAAUCGAAGAUCAGAUCAAAAAGGGCAUCACACGGUCAUACUGAUUCUGAGAGUGAAAUUAAAAGUGAAAGUAGCUGUGAAGAUGAUGGCCUUGAUGCCAAAAGGAAGGAUCAAAAGUCUAAGAAGUUCUCUGAAAAAUCUGGUGAAGGUGAUGCUUCAAUCUACCCUAAGAAGAGGGAGGAAGCUGAAGUGCUUGUGAAAGACAGUGCAUAUCCUAAGGAGAAUGGAGAGCAGCGGAGCAAUGGACUUGCAGGUGGUAAAUAUGACAAAGGUGCAGAUAGACAGCCUGACAUAGUUGAUGAUCACCCAGGCAAAUCUAGGAGCCGAAGCUUCAGUCCUAAGAGGGCCAUGAGUAAGAGUAUGAGUAUUAGUCCCAGGAGGAGUCUGACCAAGAGCCCAAGUUUAAGUCGCAAACGGAGUGAGAGCAGGAGUUCGAGUGUUAGUAGAAGCCCUCCUCCUCCCCCUCAAAGGAGCAGGAGCAUCAGCAGGAGUCCUGUUAGAAGUGAUAGCAGUAGAAGCCCAGCCAGAGGUUUCAACCAAAAACCAAUGAAGGGCUGGAAGGGAAGGAGUCCAGUGAAAGCCCGGUCUCAAAGAAGCAUAAGCAGGAGCCCUGUAAGCAGGAGCCCACCAUAUGGCAAAAGCCCAGUAAAAGUUCCAAGAAGCAUAAGCGGAAGUCCACCUAGAAAACCACCACAUAAAUCAAUUAGCAGAAGCCCUGCCAGAGCUUCAAGCACAAGCAGAAGUCCACCAAGAAAAUCAUUGCACAAAUCAAAUAGUAGAAGCCCUGUAAGAGUUGCAAGAAGCAGAAGCCCAGUUAUAUCUUCUCGAAGGAGAGCAAGCAGAAGCCCUGUAAGAGUCUCAAGAACUAGAAGCCCAGUUAGAUAUUCUCGAAGGAGUGCAAGCAGAAGCCCUGUAAGAGUAUCAAGAAGCAGAAGCCCAGUUAGAUCUUCUCGAAGGAGUGCAAGCAGAAGUUCAGGUAGGUUUCCUUCUAGGAAAACUGCUAGCCGCAGUCCGCUGAGGGCCCCAAGCGGGAAUAAUCGUCGCAGCUAUUCAAGGAGUCCUAGCCCAGUAGCGCGUAGGGUAAGAUCGCCUUUAUCACCAGAUCGGGGGAGGAGCUUGUCAAGAAGUGCUUCACCUGAUGCCUCACCAAAGCGCGUUAGAAGAGGGCGGGGUUUCAGUCAGCGGUACUCUUAUGCACGGAGGUACAGAACCCCUUCUUUGUCUCCUCCUGUGAGAUCUUAUCGUUAUGGUGGUGGUCGAAGUGAUCGUGACAGGUAUUCAAGUUAUAGAAGGUCCAGGUAUUCUCCAAGGCGCUAUAGAAGCCCACCAAGAAGAACACCUCCUAGAUACAGAAGCAGAAGAAGCAGAAGUCCAGUAUCACGUAGCCCCCGUUACCGCAGCCGAAACUAUAGUCGUAGCAGUAGCCCCAUCAGGAGCCGUAGCCCAGUGCAAAGUCGUAGCCCCAUUCAGAGCCGCAGUCGUUCUCCAGUGGAGGUGGGUAGAUCACACGUCUCUCCUCGGGUUGAGAGGGCAAGAUCUUCAUCCAGAAGCAGAAGCCCAUCAAGGUCGAGAUCAAGGUCCUCAUUGGAUUCCAGAUCCCCAAUUCGGACGGGCAAAAGCAGGUCCAGGUCAUCAUCAGGAAGCCCAAUAGGGAAGAAGGGCCUGGUUUCGUACGAUGAUGUUUCCCCUUAGUCGAGUUAAACAAUGACAUCGUAGUAACAACGGAGUUGUUUUGAUCCACUUUUGAUGGAGUUGGCCAUUGAUAGUUUUUACCGGUGUUAUCAGACUAGCUUAGAUUAUAAAUGAUUGGAAUGUUUAAGCGUAUGGGUUGAGAAAUGAGUAUUGCUUGGGGUACUUUGAGGGGCGUGAUAUCGUUGAAGCUUUUUUAUUGUAGGUGGAUUUCACCCGUGAGGAUUGUGGAUCUUGUGCUGCUAGAUCAUCGUAUUUCUGUGCCUCAUUAAUUCGAGUUAGUAUGAUUUGUUAUACUUUCGAAAGUGCUUUUCAUAAUUGGCUUUUUCAGGUUUUGCUGUA